AUGUGGCUACCAAAAGCAAACAAUGGAGGAAAGAAAGAGACAGGAAGUGGCUCAGUUGCAGUUGCAAUAGACAAAGACAAAGGAAGCCAACAUGCUCUUAGAUGGACAAUAGAGAAUCUUGCUUCUCGAGGCCAAACCAUUUCACUUAUUCAUGUCCUCUCUAAAUCACAUUCUUCUUCAGAUAUAGAAGAUACACAGCAAGGGGACAAGAUAGCGAAAGAUCUCUUUGUUUCCUUCCACUGCUAUUGUUCUCGCAAAGAGAUAAAUUGUCAAAACGUAUUACUUGAAGAUGCAGACAAAGUGAGAGCUAUUAUCGAACAUGUUUCAACUUCUGGAAUCGAAAACUUAGUCGUUGGAGCCCCUUCACGUAAUAGCUUCAUGAGACGAUUCAAAACAGAUUUGCCAACAACUGUGUCAAAAUCAGCUCCAGAUUUCUGCAAUGUUUAUGUCAUUUCAAAAGGAAAGAUUGCUUCAGUGAGAAACGCAUCUCGUCCUGCUCCUUUUAAAAGCUCGAUGCAGCCAUCUGAAUAUGAAAAUCAACCGCCUGUUACUCCUUCAGACCAUAGCCACUCUGCAGUUAGUACACCAUCUAGGCCACGCAAAUCAGCUGAAGCAGAUGCUACAAGGUCACCGUUAGGGAGAAGACAAGUGAAACCAUAUGGGGACUUAUAUGAUUCAGAUAGUGACCUAUCAUUCAUAAGCCCAUCUUCACAUAGAGACUCUCAUGACAUCUCCUUCAUCAGCUCAGGGAGACCUAGCGUCGACCGCUCUUCCUUCACACUUGACUUUCCUGAGUCUGGAAGAAGCUCAAGAAUCUCAACAAGCUCAGAGCAAAGCAUUGGGUCACAUCGCUUGGGGAUCAAGUUUAGUGAUCCUGGUUUCCCUAAUGAUUCAUCUACAACAUUCUCUGAAGAGAGUGGUACAACAUCUUCAUAUUCAUCUCAAAGCGUGGAUGAUGUUGAAGCUGAAAUGAAGAGGCUGCGUCUAGAGCUAAAACAAACCAUGGAUAUGUAUAGCACUGCCUGCAAAGAAGCUUUAAGUGCUAGACAACAGGCAAGUGCACUGCAGAAGCUGAGAACAGAAGAGGAAAGAAGGUUGGAAGAAGCAAAGAGUUCAGAGGAGGCAGCAAUGUCAAUAGUGGAGAAGGAGAGAGCUAAAGCCAAAGCAGCAUUGGAAGCUGCAGAAGCUGCAAAGAGACUAGCAGAAGUUGAAUCUAAGAGGAGAGUUAACGUGGAGAUGAAGGCACUGAAGGAUCCAGAUUCAUUCUCUCAUGGAUUUGUUAGGUAUAGGAAGUACACAGUUGAAGAAAUAGAAGAAGCCACUUCAAACUUUGAUGAGUCUCGAAAGGUUGGAGAAGGAGGUUAUGGUCCUGUGUUUAGAGGCUAUCUUGAUCACACAAGUGUUGCUGUUAAAGUCUUACGCCCUGAUGCAGCUCAAGGAAGAUCACAGUUUCAGAAAGAGGUUGAAGUGUUAAGCUGCAUAAGACAUCCAAACAUGGUACUACUUCUUGGAGCUUGUCCAGAAUUUGGAAUCCUUGUGUACGAAUACAUGGCCAAAGGAAGCUUAGAAGACCGUCUCUUCAUGAGAGGCAACACACCGCCGAUUACUUGGCAGCUACGUUUCAGAAUCGCUGCAGAGAUAGCCACAGGACUCCUCUUCCUCCACCAGACCAAACCCGAACCAAUAGUCCACAGAGACCUCAAACCAGGAAACGUCCUCCUAGACUACAACUACGUGAGCAAGAUCAGCGACGUAGGGCUAGCCAGACUAGUCCCCGCAGUGGCAGAGAACGUUACACAGUACAGAGUCACAUCAGCUGCGGGAACGUUCUGUUACAUCGAUCCUGAGUACCAACAGACAGGAAUGUUAGGUGUGAAAUCAGAUGUGUACUCUCUAGGGAUCAUGCUUCUACAGAUCUUGACAGCGAAACAGCCGAUGGGUUUGGCUUAUUACGUUGAGCAAGCGAUAGAAGAAGGGACGUUAAAGGAUAUGCUUGAUCCAGCAGUACCGGACUGGCCUAUGGAGGAGGCUUUGUGUUUAGCUAAGCUUGCGCUUCAAUGCGCAGAGUUGAGAAGAAAAGAUAGACCUGAUCUUGGGAAAGAGUUGUUGCCUGAGCUUAAUAGGUUAAGAGACAUUGGUGAAGAGAGUUUGGAGAGUGUGUUCUAUGCAGAUAGCCAAGGAAGGUCUCCAAACACUAGCCAAGUCUCCAUUACAUCAACUAGUGAUCAGUUCAUAUCGAACCCGGAAUCUCCAGCUGCAGAAUCUCAGUCCUAGCUUUGGAAUUAUCUUGUUGAGUGGUAACAGAAAAGCUUUUCAGAAGUGAAAACAAAGACACAGCAAGUUUCUUUGAUGUUGAUCAGAAGCUUGAGGAAGAAGUCAGCGUAGAGAGCCCUAGAGAAC